AUGUCCGAUCUACGUCGAAAAGCUCUAGGCAGCCGUUCCCUUGAUGCCCCCCGCUCCUCCUCUCGCUCCUCCUCUCGCGCCGCCUCCCGCCAAAACUCAGAGGACGAAUGGUCCGACGAUGCCUCUGUCGCCUCAAUCGAGAGUGUCGAAUCGUGGGGUGCAGCGACAGAGGUCGCGCUGGAGAAGGGCUGGGACGAUGAGUUGAAGGGAUUUGUGGAUGGGUUAGUGGAAAGGAAGGGGAGUAGUGUGCAGGGGAGGGAGGAGUUGUUGAGUAAGAUUCAUAAGGUUAUGUGUCUGAGGAAUGCCCGUACUGUGCUUGUUGGACGUGAAGCGGAUCUUCUAAAUGCGGUGGCGAAGAGUCUCAAGGGUGGACGGACGGAGCGGGAGUCAUUGCUCUCUGCAAGACUGUUGUCGGUGUUUGUCUUGACAUGUCCAGACUACGGCCAAACCUACGACGCUACACGCCAAAUUCUUAAACAACAAAUCCAAUCCUCCUCCUUCACCAGCGUCAAAUCCGCCUCCAUAUCCGCCCUCGCAACCGUGAUCUUCACAUACGGCUCUUCCCAUGAAACCCUCGCCGUUCUUGACUUCUUACAAGAGAUCGUGGAGAGUGAUGGGAUUACCGUGGAGGCAGGUGAUGAUGAGGGAGUGGUUACUGCCGCGAUUGAAGCUUUUGGAUUUUUGCUGACGGGUUUGGAAGAGGAGGGGGAGGAGGCUGAUCAGAUUGUGAGAGAGGGACUACCUGUGAUGGUGGAGCAGUUGGAUUCGGCGGAGGUUAGUGUACGUGUAGCGGCUGGAGAAGUCAUUGCACUCAUGUAUGAGAUGUGGGCACACUCCGACACGCGUGAGGAGCCGGAAGAAGGACAAGAAUUGGAAAAGCCGUAUGACGACAUCGGUCAUCUCACGAACUUACUCUCUAACCUUUCUACGGCAUCGUCGAAACGCAUUGCGAAGUCGAGUCGAAGGACGCUGCAUUCGACGUUUAGGGAUGUCCUUGACACGGUCAACAACCCGAAAUACUCCGCACCAUCCGUGACACUCAAAUUCGGGCGUGCGGCGACGCUGUACGUAGACUCCUGGCUCAAGCUCACACGGCUGAGACAGUUGCGCCGAGUGUUGUCGCAUGGGAUGCACUCACACUUUCUACACAACCAAGUGAUCCGGGAUAUGCUCGAAUACACCGGUCCUGUAUCCAGCAGCGGUGGUGGUGGUGGAGGAGGAGGGGAAGAUGAGGAUGAGGACGAUGAUGAUGAGAGCGAGGAGGUCAGUAAGGCGGCACGGGAGUUGAUGAAGAGAGAUGUUAGGAAGUAUCGGACGGGACAUAUGAAGCAGGAUCGGAAGGUGAAGGCUAUGCAGCAGGCGUGGGGCGUGGAGGAUGAGGGUGAGAUAUGA